ACAUUUUUUGUGAAAUCGUGAACAAUACAAAUGACAACAAAAAAAAAGCGCGCGCGAUCGUAUCAUUCGUAAACGAACGAGAGAACUGGAGAAGUUAAAAUCUGUUUUUGUUAGAGUUUAUCUAUUAUAAUUUAUAACGUAUCUAAUAAUAAAAUACUUCGGCAUAAAUAAUGUUCUCCAAAGCGAAAAGAUUCGAUUCAACUUCUAUCAAAAAUCAACCAAAAAUUCAACCAAAAAGAGAAUUGGAGAAAGCUGGCGUUAAAUUGACUCCAGUGUCGAAACCAGUCAAGGCAGUAUCAACUUCGUCCAAAGAGAACCUUGAUACACAGUCCCAGUGCAGCUCUAUUCCAAGUACAAAGUCUUUUAAAACACCAAGACCCAUAAAGCCUACUAGCACCAUAACAAAAACUACAAAUAGCAUUAAAAAGACACUCUUGCCACCAACCAAAAACAGUACCAAAAAGUGUGACAGCAAAUUUCAAGAUGACCUUAUCAAAGCUCAUGAAGUGGAAAUCAGGAACAAAGAUUACACUAUAUCAGAGUACAAUAAGCAGAUUGAUGAUCUUAAAAAUCAAAUUGCUAAAUUGCAUGAAACACUCAAACAAAAUAAUGAUGGUAAGGCUGAAGUCCAAAGGUUGGACACUGAAUUUGGUCAAUUAACUUUAGAUCAUAAUAACAUUAAGGUUGAAGAUAGUCAAUCAUCAGAUAUUAAGGAUCAAACCAAGGAAUUAAUUAGUCAGUUACAAAAUCAUAUAUUUGAAUUGGAAAUACAAUGUGAGAAGUUAGAACAAGAAGUCAGUAGCAAACAAGUUGAAUUGACAUCUCUUGAUGAAGUCAUAACUAUUAGAGAUAGUUUGUGUGCAGAUUUACAAAAAAAAUUGACUGACACUGAGAAUUGCUUAGAAGAAACUCGUCAAAGACUCGAAAUGGUUAAAGGACAUCAUGCUUUAGCUUUAGAAGCAAAUGAAAGUAUUAGACGUGAAUAUAAAGCUGAAUUAGAAACUCUUAAAAUUAAAUUUGACGAAGAAAAGCAAGCUAACUUGGCUAAAUGUAAACUUGACCAAGAAAUGCUCAAACAAAAAUACAACACAUUGAUUGAAUCAAUUAAAAAUGAUAUAAUAAAGGAAAAGGAUGAUAAAAUACAGGAUUUGCAACAUGAACUGGCCGUUAAAGAACAGGAAAUGAAGGCUAAACUAGAACAAAUUAAUGAGGCAACCCAUGAAAAACUCAGACUGUGUGAGAUACAGUUUGAAGAGAGAAGUAGACUUCUUAAAGAGCAUUGGUCCCAGCAACAAAAAGAAAUUCAGAAUCUCGAAGCAGAAAUUAAGGAGUUAAAGUACUCUUUAACCAAAACUGAAGAAAAGAAUCAAGUGUUGCAUAAAGAAUUACAGAAUAUGCAAACAGAAAAUGAUUCUCUGAAGAAAGAAAAGCGAAAUAUUCGUGAUGAAUUAGAAAAUGUGAAAGAGGAAACGAAAAAGAAGAUCAUUAUUUUUGAAAAUGACAUUAACAAGCUUACUGUAGAAGUUGAUAAAACUACCAAAGAAAAAAAUAAAUUUGAAAUGUCACUCUCUGUAACAAGAGACAUUGUUCAAGUUCUGACUAUGCGCCUGCGUGAGUCUGAUAAUGAGUUGGAACACUUGGAGAAACAAGUUCUAGGAUUAAAAAAUACAAAAGAAGCAUUAGAAUCUGAAUUGGCAACCUAUAAAAAUACACUUAGUAGCACUGUUUUAGAAUGUAACGAGUACAAGGAAGCUUUAGUCAAUAUUUUGAAAUCAAAAGCAGCUUUGGCUAAGGAACAUAAUCGAAUUAUUGAGCACAAUGUUUCUCUGAUAGAAAGUCUGCAGAAUGUGGAGAAGGAGGCGUAUCGUGAGCUGGGCUCUAUCAAGGAGGAACUCAUAGAAGAUGUAGAGUUACUCAAAAAGGAAUCAAGUUCACAAAUACAAAUGUUAAAAGGAGAGGUGGAAAAGAAGCGCGUACUGUGCGAGCUGGCUACGGAGCACGCGGGGCAGGCCGCCGCCGCCGCCGAGCAGGCGCGCGCCCUGCUCGCGCACGCGGCUAGCGAGAUCGCACGCAUCGAGAGCGAGAACCGCGCGCUGCAGCAACAGAUUCAAGACCAACAGUCGUUAGUAGUAGAGCUGUCUCUCCUACGUCAAGAAAACGAAGAGCUGACGAUGACUCUGGCCAAACAGUCUUCUGUGAUGGACAAAAUGAUAAAAGACGCAGAACAAGUGCAAGCCAAACCAAAAUCGCCUUCUGUGAUUCGAAAAUCAAUGAAAAUUGGUAAAGAAAACAUGCAAACAGUCAUUUCGCCGCUGCGUGAACGAAAUCAUUAAUAAUAAUUAUGAUUAACUAUUUCUAGUAUAUGUUGAUGAACAAUCAUCAUUUAUUUUACUAAGAUUUUAUCGUGUUCUGUUUUUGUCAUUCAAUGAUUUAAUUUAUUCUCUGGUUUCUGAAAAUUGUUUUCGAUUGUCGUUUAUUUAUUAUUGUUUUAAUUUAUCGGUUAUUAAAAUUACAGCUAAAAAUGAUUUACUCUUUAUCAUGAAGGUAUUGAGCUUGUUUAGUUUAAUGUUUGAGUUUCAUUGGAAUAAACGUAAAAAUUACAAUUA